GACAAUCCUCCUUCCUUCAUCUUCUGCCUUGGGAAACCCAAUCCCUUGCCCAAUUCCAAUUCCAAUUCCAAGCAAGUCCACCAUGGCGCCAGGACCCAUCAUUGUCGAUCUUACGGAGAGCAGCAGCACCAAGUCCCCGGAAACGCCUCGUCAAGCUAGUAGUCCGAAACCCUACCGCAAAGUGUCACCCACCCUUCUGUUGCUGGGUGUCUUUGUGUAUGGCUUUUGUGGAGACUUGCACAAUCUCCCCACUGUCCUGGAAUGGGAUUUCAAGUACUCUGUCAACGUCACAAACAACAACAACAACAACAACAGCAGUACCACCACACAACAGCAUCACAAUCCUCCAAAGAAUGACUGGUCUUGGAUCAACACUUCGGGUGUCGUCCUGUCGCACAUCCAAGGAGAUCCCACUCGUUGUCGGGAUGUCAUUUAUACGGGAGACAGUCGAGAUCCUGCCACGGCCAAUCAAGAGAACGAUUACGUCCACGAAACUUGGAAAGGCAUGGCGCAUGUCGUCCGAACGGCACCCAUCCUCAACCAGACCUGCUUGGUUUUCUUUCAAAUUGGUGUUCCCUUUGUCAAUACUGACCUCGAACUCCACCCGGUAUGGGGACGAUUGCCAGCGACGGCAUUGAUUAUGCAGCUCUUCCAACGCGCCACUGUCUUUCUCUAUCUCGACACGGAUGCGCUCUUGGCAUCGCCCCAUCAUUCUCCCACCACCAUGUUUCAGGCAUUGUCCCACGAUUAUGAUGGGUACGGUCAACCUAAUAAACAACAACAACCCGCACUCAUUGUCAACAAACCCUACACAGGAUGGCUCUGUGGUCAGUGCGAACGAUUUGAACUCGAUCAUGGUUGUUUCAAUACGGGCGCACUGUUGUGGCGGCGAUCUCCCCAAGCCUACAUGGUUCUACAAAGGUGGUGGGAAUCGCGGUACCAAAACGAAACCAACAAUUUCUUUACAAACAAGAAAGAAUCGGACGACGACAGCGGAUCCUUUCAUGGUUGGUCCGGAGAUUCCACGGAACGGUUGGUUGGUGAUCGCAUGGGAGAACAGAAUCGACUCAUGUACAUUUACGGCACCAACCCGGAGGUCCACAAUGCCGUCUGGCCCGUCCCACGACAAAUCAGUCGCCCGCCGGAAAACUCGACCAGUUGUCCCAGUGAUAUUCAUGGUCAUACACCGUGUUUGCAAAACGAUUUUGCUCAUGCCGUCGAAUGGAAUGUGCCAGUGGACCAGCCGUCGUGUUUCAUCAAUCAUUAUGCCGAUGAAAAACCGCGCGUCAAAAACGUGACUGCGCUCAUGUUGCAGUACAGGGCUCAAUAAUAAAUGCAGUUGCGGGCGGAGUGGGCCUGAGGGUUGUCCUGAUUUGCUUCUUAUGUAUAUCAGGAGAGAAAGAGUGAGAAAGAGGAUGGGUCUUACUCAGUUAGCUUUCAACCACUGACGGCUCUUGGUGAGAGAUCCAACAUUCCCUCCCCCCCCAAUCCCCGUGACCAGGCCAGAUAUCCUCCUCGCUAGCUAGCUUCAUUUGAGUCUACUCUCAUUCUUCGCAUCGAUGUUCGUGCCCUUUCCUCUGUAGCUGGUGAUUCAUCGUCUCUCGCCUCU